GAGGAGAUCUGCUCCAAUCUCGCAGCGCCAAUGGCAUCUCCUGGCUCCAGCUUUUGGUCCUUCGGGUCUGAAGAUGGCUCCGGGGAUCCCGAGAACCCCAGCACAGCGAGAGCCUGGUGUCAGGUGGCCCAGAAGUUCAGGGGUGGCAUCAGAAACAAGCUGUGCAGUGAGUGCCAGUGCCCAGGGGAUGCCCAGAAGCCUUCGGAGAGUGGUUCAAGCGAGUCCCCACGGGUCACCUCCGGGAAGACGGCCUGUGCUUGCAGCUGUCUCAGGGAUGUCAACUAUGCGUUUCUACACUCAACAGACCUACUACCAGCCUGUGAUGGAGAAAGACCCACCCUGGCGUUUCUGCAGGAUGUUAUGGAUAUUUUGCUGCAGUAUGUGGUGAAAAGUUUCGAUAGAUCAACCAAAGUGAUUGAUUUCCAUUACCCUAAUGAGCUUCUUCAAGAACAUAAUUGGGAAUUGGCAGACCAACCACAAAAUUUGGAGGAAAUUUUGAUGCAUUGCCAAACAACUCUAAAAUAUGCAAUUAAAACAGGGCAUCCCAGAUAUUUCAAUCAACUCUCCACAGGACUGGAUAUGGUUGGAUUAGCAGCAGACUGGCUGACAUCAACAGCAAACACUAACAUGUUCACUUAUGAAAUUGCUCCAGUGUUUGUGCUUUUGGAAUAUGUCACACUAAAGAAAAUGAGAGAAAUCAUUGGCUGGCCAGGGGGCUCUGGCGAUGGGAUAUUUUCUCCAGGUGGUGCCAUAUCUAACAUGUAUGCCAUGCUGAUUGCACGCUUCAAGAUGUUUCCAGAAGUCAAGGAGCAAGGAAUGGCCGCUGUUCCCAGGCUCAUUGCCUUCACAUCUGAGCAUAGUCAUUUUUCUCUCAAGAAGGGAGCUGCAGCCUUGGGCAUUGGAACAGACAGCGUGAUUCUGAUUAAAUGUGAUGAGAGGGGAAAAAUGAUCCCAUCUGAUCUUGAAAGAAGGAUCCUUGAAGCCAAACAAAAAGGAUUUGUUCCUUUCCUUGUGAGCGCCACAGCUGGGACCACCGUGUACGGAGCAUUUGAUCCCCUCCUAGCUGUUGCUGACAUUUGCAAGAAGUAUAAGAUCUGGAUGCAUGUGGAUGCCGCUUGGGGUGGGGGAUUGCUGAUGUCCCAAAAACACAAGUGGAAACUGAGCGGCGUGGAGAGGGCCAACUCUGUGACAUGGAAUCCACACAAGAUGAUGGGCGUCCCUUUGCAGUGCUCUGCUCUCCUGGUUAGGGAAGAGGGAUUGAUGCAGAGUUGCAACCAGAUGCAUGCCUCCUACCUCUUCCAGCAAGAUAAACAUUAUGACCUGUCCUACGACACUGGGGAUAAGGCCUUGCAGUGUGGACGCCAUGUCGAUGUCUUUAAGUUAUGGCUGAUGUGGAGAGCAAAGGGAACUACUGGGUUUGAAGCACAUAUUGACAAGUGUUUGGAGCUGGCAGAGUAUUUAUACAAUAUCAUAAAAAACCGAGAAGGAUAUGAAAUGGUGUUUGAUGGAAAGCCUCAGCAUACAAAUGUCUGCUUCUGGUAUGUUCCUCCGAGUUUACGUGUCCUGGAAGACAACGAAGAGAGAAUGAGCCGCCUCUCCAAAGUGGCUCCGGUGAUUAAAGCCAGAAUGAUGGAGUAUGGGACCACAAUGGUCAGCUACCAACCCUUGGGAGACAAGGUCAAUUUCUUCCGCAUGGUCAUUUCAAAUCCUGCAGCAACUCACCAAGACAUUGACUUCCUGAUUGAAGAAAUAGAACGCCUUGGACAGGAUUUAUAAUAAACUAGCUCACUAAGCUGUUUCAAUUCUCUAGGUAGGCAAUUAAGUUGUCACAACCUCUGUGAAUGUAUUUGUAGUUUGUUCCAAAGUAAAUCUAUUUCUAUAUUGUGGUGUCAAAGUAGAAGUACAGUUAAAAAAAAAAAUGCUCCUUUUGAAAACCCUUUCUUAAGUUUAGAAUACCUCUCUAAUAAUUAGUGACAAUGGCUGUGUUCUAAUCAAUAAGGAAAAGCUUAAAAUUAUUAUAAAUACUUCCCUUACUUUUAAUAUAGUAUGCAAAUCAAAUUUUAUUUUCACUUCAAAGUAGUAAGAUUGAAUAGUGCCAAAUUGCCCCUGAAUCAUAAAAGGUUCUUUGGGGGUACAGUGAAAAGGAUAAAGUAAAUAUAAAAUGUAUGUUGACGAUAAAAACUCUUGCCUUUUUCAUAGUGUUAGAAAAAAAUUUCUAAUUUACCUAUA